GUCGUCCUCAGUCAGAUCUACGAUAAUGGUAAGAUGGUAUCCCCUUAAAUUCUGAAAGAAAAAGCGCAACAAUGUCCAUGGCCAAAAUGCGACCAGCAUUGCCCCUUCUGCUCCUCCUCCUCCUCUUCCUGUUCUCUCCCUCCGCGGCGGAGAUAAAGUCGCUGACGAUAAACUCCGACAGCCGCCCCAUGAUCCUCUUGGAGAAAUUCGGGUUCACGCACAAGGGCCACGUGUCCAUCGCCGUCUCCUCUGUCUCCGUGGGCGUGCUCUCCUCCUCGGUGCAACCAGAAUCCUCUCGCCUGGGUUUCUUCCUCCUGAACGAAGAAGCCCUCCUCCAGGUCCUGAUGGAGAUCCAGCAGAACCCCUCUUUCUGCGUCUUGGACUCCCACUACAUCCUCCUCCUCUUCACCUUCCGCGACCUCUCCCCUCCCCCCUUUGCCUCCUUCAACCGCUCCUACCCCGUCACCUCCCCCAACGAAUACUCCCUCUUCUUCGCCAACUGCGCACCGGAAACCUCCGUCUCCAUGUCCCUCCACACUGAGUCCUACAACCUCGACUCCGACUCCUCCCGCGACUACCUCUCCGCCGGCCAAACUCACCUCCCCUCUCUCUACUUCCUCUUCUUCCUCACCUACCUCUCCUUCUUCUCCCUCUGGCUCUACAUCUACUUCUCCAACAAACUCUCCGUUCACCCCAUUCACCUCUUAAUGUCUCUCCUUCUUCUCGUGAAGGCUCUUAACCUAAUCUGCGCCGCCGAGGAUAAGCAUUACGUCAAGGUCUCGGGUCUUCCCCAUGGAUGGGAUGUUCUGUUCUACAUCUUCCAGUUUAUCCGCGUCGUUUUGCUCUUUACUGUAAUCGUUUUGAUAGGUACAGGAUGGUCUUUUCUGAAACCCUUUUUGCAGGACAGGGAGAAGAAGGUGCUGAUGAUUGUCAUCCCGCUUCAGGUUCUGGCCAAUUUGGCUUCCGUUGUGAUCGGGGAAACAGGACCUUUCAUCAAAGACUGGGUUACUUGGAAUCAGAUUUUCUUGCUUGUGGAUAUUAUCUGCUGUUGUGCCAUUAUUUUCCCUAUUGUAUGGUCCAUUAGAUCGCUGAGAGAGACUUCCAAAACCGAUGGGAAGGCUUCGAGGAAUUUGGCCAAGUUGACUCUGUUUAGACAGUUCUACAUUGUUGUUAUUGGGUACUUGUAUUUCACCAGAAUAGUGGUGUUCGCCUUGAGGACGAUUGCGGCUUAUAAGUACCAAUGGGUGAGCAAUGCUGCAGAGGAGACCGCGAGUCUUGCGUUUUAUGUUGUCAUGUUCUACAUGUUCAGACCUGUGGAGAAGAACGAGUACUUUGUGCUUGAUGAGGAGGAAGAGGAGGCCGCGGAAAUGGCGCUCAAGGAUGAAGAGUUUGAGCUUUGAUUUUGAAGACUCCCACUACGCUACUUAAUUACAUUACACCCCCCCUUUAUACCCUUCUGCUGUUAGAGAAGAAAAGUGUGUUCACAAGGGAAUACUGCCUCUAUGUUUAGCUACUGCUGCUUCUUUUGCGGGAUAGGAAAAAGAAACACUUAAAAGGAGAAGAAAAUAGGAAGGAAAAAUGCAUUGAAUUUUUCCCACAAGCUAAAAUUAACUUGUAUGAUAAUGGAAUGUUGGUAGACACAAUAACUAGAAAUAUUGUCACCACUCUAAACUGUUUUGGGUACAAUAUAUUGGUGAAGGUUGUGAAAUGUUAGAAAACCAACCCAUGUGUAGGAAAUAAGGAAACUUUUAGUGAGUGGUGACACAUUUGAACUAGAAUUUGGGUAUUUUGUAUCCGGUCCAGAAAAUCGUUUUGUUUAAAGACAAUAACAACACAUUAACUUCGUGGGAUUGCAAGGAAAAAAAUGUUGGGAGAAAUUGUAGUUGUAUUGGAUUGGUAAAAUUGUAAAUUUGGUCAACUUAUUUGUUUCAGAAUUU